GCCCCCUCUCAGGGGAAAUAAAGCACAUGUUUCUCCUCUUCAAAAACGAUCAAAAUGGCAUUAAAUCCUCUUUGGUGCAGAAACAAUCUUCUGUUCUUUGUGUUGAUGUCUGUAGGUUUUGGAAAGUCAGCUGACACUCUGUUUAAACUGAAAUGUGAGUCUGCAGUAGGAGUCAUCAGUCAGAACACAAACAUCCCGUGCAGCAUCGAGUCUCAGAAAAAGCCUGUUUCUAUUAACACAGUGGUUUUAAAGCGGCUUGAAGAGGAAAAACCCUGUUUCAUAUACCAACCACACGAGAACACAAUCGCAGGAGACCCACGAUUUAAAGUUCUAGGUGGUUCAUCAUUACAGCUUCAGAACACUGCCAUCUCAGAUGAAGGUGAAUAUGAAUAUGACAUCAGGACCAGCCUGGGUGAAGAUCUAAUAAAAUUCACAAUCAGUGUCACAGCGAAGUACAACAACCCGGUCAUAAAGAUCGAGGAGAAUGGACGAGCUGAGCUGCACUGUACUGCCAGUGGUGGAUACCCGGCAGGAACCCUCCACUGGUUUGAUCAAAGCAACACAAACUGGACAAAAAGCGCAUCACUGGACAUCACACGGGGAGACGACGGUCUCCACACUCUGUCCAGCACACUGAGAUUUGAGAGCUUCGACACUCUCUGGGCUCCUUUUAAGUGCAUCGUCCUCAACAACAAAUAUCAAGAAGAAGGAAGGAGCAGCUUCAUCCUGGAGAGAAAAGGUUAUUAUUGUCUCGUCAAUGUUUAACUGUAGAUUCUGGAGAAUGUGACAUUUGGACCCAUUCUGGUCCUGCUCCAGUUUUCUCUGUACAGGCUUCACCUCGAGUUUCUUCUGUAUAUACACUGAUCAGGUAUAACAUUACGACCACCUGAAACCUCGCCCAUUUUUUCGGCUUCUAACAUCAACUUUGAGGAGAAAAUGUUGCCUAAUAAAUAAAUCCACUCAAUAACAGGUGCCAUGAUGAAGAUCAUCAGUGUUCUUCACUUCAUUACUCUGAAUGUUA